UCGGUAUGGGGGGCGUAAACGAAAUGAAAAUUGUCAAGUUUGUGUAUAAUUACAAAGACCAUGAAGGAACUGACCGUUUAGCUAGCUUGGAUAUAACUUUUCCAUUUGAAGAUGAAGAAGGUUGUGUGGAGGAUUUGGUAACGCAGCUCUUGGCACAAAUGGAUCCAAUGAUGCGAUAUUUAGAUGAGGAUAUUAACUUACAAAAAGAGCUGCAGCAAUUUAUUGAUCAUGAGCAUCAGAAAUGUUUAGAUGAUUAUGCAGAAAUGUUGCUCAAUCAAGCCAAAAACGAGGAGCUAGACCUAGAAGCGGUUGUGCGCAAUACUGAGCGUUUAUAUAAGGAGGAGCUGUUACAGUUUGCUGACCGUUUGGGUCCAACCGAUGAGGACAUAUUUGCGCAAAGCUUUCAUCGCUUAGUGCAUUCGUCUUCACUAGAGGAGAUACUAAAACGAGAGCGUACCUAUGCCAAGGUAAUCUCUGAUAUGACGGAGCACAUGGACUCUGAAGUGGAAACACUUAAUAGCUCACAGCAGAAGGAAAUGGAUAGCCAAAUUAAUCAGCUAGAUAUAACCACAACAUCGGAGGAUAUUAACAAUCUGCUGGCUCAGCAGUACACAACGCAAAACUUUGUGCGCAAGCGUUACGAGUCUGAGUUGGAGGCCAUGAUGGGUCAUCAGAAAAAUGAGUAUCGUGACUGGAUUACCAGUCAAGUUAGUCAAAUGUUUCAAGUAUCACCGGUCUCAACGCCAUUAGGCAAUCGCUCCUCCAUGUUUGUAUCACAACAGCCAUCGAUGGAGGAGAGCUUUACCAUACACCUAGGCUCCCAAUUAAAGCAUAUGCACAACAUACGCAUACUUAGCGCCAACAUAACAGACUUGUGCAGCCCACUUCACGCGGAAGAGAGCUUGAAUGGCCUAAACAUGGCCCUGGGGCUUUACUCGAGCUCACUAUGCGGGGUGGUAGUGCUCACGCCGUCCAUUCUAGCGCAGGCAAAUAAGAACAUUAUUAAGAAUGCAAACAAAUCGACCGAGUUUCACUUUGACCAGAUGGAUGUGCAGCUGGAGAAGAUUGAGAAGCAGAUACGUGCUCUUAAUACCAGCAAUACAAGCAGCACACCCAGCAAUGCCAGUGCCAGCAGCGGUAGUGGCAGCAGCGCUGAAGGCAGCGCGACAGGCUCACCCAUCAAGCAGCAUGUGCCAAAGCUCACUACUGGCGAUUUUUUUAUAACCAAGCACUCGAAUCUCUCACAAUCGCAUGUUAUAUUCCAUUUGAUCUCUGAUGAGCCCAUCAACAGUCCAAGCGAAAUUAAUUCACGACAUCCCGUCAUAUUGGGCCUGCGGAAUAUACUAAAAACAGCCAGCAGGCAUGAUAUAACAACUCUCACUAUUCCUGCGCUGCUGCGGCAUGAGAUGAGCGAGGACAUGACCGUGCAAUGGUGCAUUAGGAGGGCAGAGCUUGUGUUCAAGUGCGCCAAAGGUUUUAUGAUUGAAUCAGCCUCUUGGGGUGGCGCAGAAUUGAGCACACUGCAACUGCUACUGCCACAUGACAUAUCCGAGGAGCUGUUCACUACACUCUCCGGUAUGGUGCCCAACGUUUUUCGUGUGGCCAAUCCAAAGAUACUAGUUGAUAAUAAUAAAGCGGAAAGCUAGGCAAACAUUCCUUUAGGGCGUAAUAAAAGACAUUGGUUUAUUUAUAUGAAUAUACAUUUUAUU